AUGAUUGAGCUUCGGAUAAAAGCAUGGCGCUGUCAUGAGGGGAACCCGAUUGCUCGGAUGAUGCUCGACCGAUACAUUUUUGUCAAGUCACAGAGGCAUAGUGCAGCUCACUCUCAAGCUGUCCAUAUCUUUCUCAACGUGGCACCGUACCCGAAAUCUUUCGCUAAGCCUGGGGAGAGGUUUAUCUAUGCACCACCCAGCACGCCCUUCCAGCAUUUGACAGACGAGGAAGCCAAAAACUUUCUGGAACGUGGCUGGCUUCGCGUUGAAAACGCUAUCGAUCCAAAUGUUAUACGGAGAUGGAUGAAGGAUCUUUGGGUCCGUUGCGGGUAUGAUGCUGGCGACAAAUCCACAUGGGCACAGGAGUACCUUCACCUGCCCUUCCAUCGGCAACUUCGUUACGAGAAGUUCGCGCCAAAGGCGUUUGGAAAAUCACUGACAUCAUCGGCGGCGUUGAAGCCUGGGAUGACAAGCGAGAACGCUGGGUGGGGGACAAUUUUGUGGUCAACUUUGGUUCCGAGUCCAGGUCCCGAGAGUCAGACAACGAACAACGUUGACGAGGUUUGCAAGCGACUUUACGACCACCCUGAAGGUCUCGACCCAGCUUUAACCGCUAAUGAUCUGACUAUCGGCGUGCGCGAGUGCGGGAUAUUCCAGACUGCCGAGGCGAAGAAGGGCGACGUCUUCAUCCUCCACGGUCUGGUUCCGCACACAGCGAACUACAACAGUCACCACUAUGUUCGCGUCAUCACCAACACCCAUGUCACCCUGAAGGACCAGCUUCAUCUGGACCGACCUGACAAGAAUUAUACCCUUGCGGAACAGGUCAUUCUUCUAGCACUGGACCGAGAGUCUAUCCCGGAGUUCAAGCCCACGCGCGAGCGAAAGUUUUGGUACCCUCGGAACUUUUGCUUCAAGGAAAAGAGGAUUGAAGAUGAGCUGAAGGCUAUGAAAGAUGCCGCAGCUGCAGAAGGACUGGACCCCAGCAAUAUUGAUAGCAUUUGGGUGAGUGAGAAAGCUCGGUCUGAUUUCGCGAGGACGAAUGGGUUGUUUUUACCAGUGCACGAAGAGGCUGGAUUUGAGACGGCGCAGCACUUAAUUCAAAUCAUCAAUCACCGGCGGAAUCUACCGUUUGGUUCAUAUCCAAAGGAUACUCGCCGCCGAGUGAAUAUUAACCAGUGA